CCCAAUCAAGAGAAGCCUUCAUGUGGUCCUGACCCAGUGUUUAUUCAGAGUGAUGGAGGCACGCGUGAGGAGUAAGAUUUUUCCUGCACAGUUAAUCUCACUCGGCAUUCAAAGGAGUGGAAAUUAAAUCCCAACUCGAAGUGAUCAUAAAGCCUCCGGUGGUGGGGAGCGGGGCGAGGCUGCACUUUGCAGAGACCUCUCCGAGAUGUCAGGUAUUAGUCCGGAGGGGCAGAUCUGCGAGCCACACAGCAGCUCCCGGGUCUACGGUACAUUAGCCUCUCCGUGGGAGAGGGAUCCCAGACAGCUCUGCUGGGGAACCAGCCCAGGAGAUUUGUUAGCGGGCUGCUCCGGGGGAUACCAGCCACCUCCGGCACCCGAGCACCAAAGGUGCUUGUGUUGCUGCUGCUGCUGCUGCUGCUGGCGCAUUUCAUCCAAACUCCAGACAGAGCGGGGGCAAGUUGAACCGGAGACAUUAGAGCCACUGAGCUUUGGAGAGACGAAGGAGCACGGGGAGCGCAGUAGCACCAUGCCUGCUAUCAAGAAGGAGCGACUUGACAGGGAAGAGAUGGCCCUGGCAGCUUUUAACCAGCCCAUGGAAACCUUACCUGACUAUCUCGCCCCUCUGGCCGCCGCUGCCAUUCCGGUGGUAACCCCGCACCCUCCGGCUUACGACCAGAUCUUUGCCCACCGCGCGUACCUGGGCUUCCACGAGACCCACCACCCCCACCCUCACCACCCCCACCACCUCCCCGAGGACCUGAUGCUGGAGAGGUUUUCCUCCAUCCCGGAUUUCCAGCCUUUCUUUGACAACGGAGAGCCUUGCAUCGAGGUGGAGUGCGGGGAGAACAAGGCGCUGCUCUACAUCAAUAAGUUGUGCCAGGGGAGCAAGGGACCCUCCAUCCGGUACCGGGGAGAGUGGCUCACCCCCAACGAGUUCCAGUUUGUCAGCGGCAGGGAGACAGCCAAGGACUGGAAGCGCAGCAUCAGGCACAAAGAGAAAAGGGGAAUAACUUCGGGGGCCGCGCUAAUUGUCGUUACUCCGCUCAUCUCUUCUGUUUCUUUUAACGCGGGGCUCCUGGCUGCCUUCGGGAAAUCUCAAUUCUUCUGGGGGAAAAGUUUGAAGACUCUUAUGUCCAAAGGAAUUUUACAGGUACAUCCUCCAAUCUGUGAUUGCCCUGGGUGUCGAAUUUCGUCUCCAGUGAACCGGGGUCGCCUGGCAGAGAAGAGGACAAUCCCCUUACCCCCAACCAGGAUCCCGAAGAAAGAGCUGACCUCCAUUUUCUCACACAGUGAUGACAGCGAAGAGAGUGAUAAGAGCAAUGGUCAACACCCUGAAGUAAAGCAGGAGGAGGAUCUCCACAUCAGUAUCAUGAAAAGAAGGAUACACACCCACUGGGAUUUAAACAUCUCCUUCCGAGAGACCUCUUGCAGCCGUGAUAACGACCUCUCCACUAUCAUCUCCAACCUGCAUCAGAGCCGUCAGCUAGUUAUGCCAGAGACCCAGAGCCGUUGUGAAUUCAAGAGAAACAGCAUCGACAUUGGCUUGGGAGCAGCAGAUGAAAUUCUAGGCAAGAGAAGAGUAUGUUCUCCCAACAGCAGCAGUGAGUGUCCUUUAGAAAGCAAGAAAGCCAGAAGUGAGUCCCCAAAGGAAAAUUCCCACACACCUCUGCUUGAGGACUCGGUGACUCAGAUGACCCCCGAGGAGCACUACAGGCGCAUGAUGUCAGCACUCAAUGAGCACAGCACCUUUGAAGAGCAGCAGCAACAACGUCUCUACCAGCUGGCCAACAGCAUGGCAGUGCCCAGCCAUGGAGAUAUCCUCCGGGCGCGGCAAGAGGUGGCGGCGGCGGCAGCAGCGCGCAACCCCGGCGCGAUGGAAGCGCACAUCCCCUCGGCCAGCAACUCAUCCAGCCAGCGGAGGAAGCAGGGCCUCCCCCAGCACAGGGACACCCACUUCCCCGAGAGGGAGAUAUCCCACCCACCGCCUCUGCUGUCACCCCAGAAUGCACCCCACAUUGCCCUGGGGCCCCACUUGAGACCUCCCUUCCUUGGGGUGCCUUCAGCUCUCUGCCAGACACCAGGUUAUGGGUUCCUACAGCCAGCACAAGCAGAGAUGUUUGCACGGCAGCAAGAGAUGCUACGAAAGCAAAACCUGGCCAGGUUGGAGAUGUCAGCCGAGAUCAUCCGCCAGAAGGAGCUGGAGAAUCUCCACCGGCAGAGGCUCCUGGCCGGUGACCCUCUCAGCCUGCACCCGGGCUUGCCCCCGGACCACCCGGCCCUACGCAACGUGCACGACAUCCCCGAGGGCCACCCGCUGCGGGAGGAGCUGUCCCGGAGGAACGCCAUGCUGGUGCUGCGGCACAACAACACCCCCCUGCUCUCCCUCAACCCCAACCUCCCCAGCAGUGCCACACCGCCCAAGGAGCAGCCCCGCCGGGGCAACAGCCGAAAAUCCGCGCAGCACCGCGCGGAGCCGCAGGGGGGGCUGAGCAGCGAGGCCAAGGAGCAGGCGGAGCCCCGGGUGAGGGAGGGAGCUCCGGACUGUAACGAUGAGGAGAUGAAGGACUCUGAGAGUGACGCGGAUGUCAGCGACGAGAAACCGGAGAGCCUGAAGGCUGAGAGCAGCGGUUCAGCCGCUGACCUGAAGGAGUGCAAAGAGAUUGGUAAAGUCUGUGAAGGGGCCAAGGAGCUGGGGGAAGCAGCUGCUGGCCCAAAUGCCCCCUGCAGCUCCUCCAGCACCGAGUCCCCUAGCCACUUGCUUGGCCCUGGCAUCAACAAAAAUGAAGUGAAAUAUCUCCCACCAGCCUCCAUCCCACCACCUCAGCCUCUGCCCUUCGGAUUCCCCUACACCAUGAGCCCCUACUUCCAUGCAGGCACCAUGGGAGGUCUGUUUCUGGAUGGUGAGGAGAGCCCUGCACUGGAAGAUAUCAGCAAAUGGACAGUGGAGGAUGUGUGCAGCUUUGUGUCCAACCUCUCUGGCUGCACUGAGUACACUCAGGUAUUCCGAGAGCAGGCAAUUGAUGGUGAGACCCUGCCCCUCCUGACAGAAGAGCACUUACUGAACAACAUGGGGCUGAAACUUGGGCCAGCACUGAAGAUAAGGUCACAGGUCGCCAAGAGAGUGGGCAGAGUGCUGUACAUGGCAGGUUUCCCCAUGGCUUUCCCCCUGCAGCCCCCGGGCUUACGGCCCCCGGAGCGGGACCUGCCCCCCGCCGAGCUCCGGCCCUCCUCCACCGGCAGCGUUUCCUCCCCGUUCAGCAGCAGCCUGCCCGCCCCCAGCCGGGUCUCCCCCAAGCAGGAAAACGGGAACCCCUCCAUCAUCACGGGGCUCAACGACACCCCAAAACCUCCAUCCUAACUGCAGGAGAGCUCCUGGAGCAGAGUCAGGCGGACAAAAGGAAGGUACCGCGUGGUGGGAGCCCGGGAGAGCCUCCUGCAGCAGUGGCAGACACACAGUGAGGAAGGGAGGGUGGGGUUGUUUUUUUUUAAGGUUUUUGGAUGCAUUUGCUUUUUUUUUUUUUGUUUGUUUCAACCAACAAAUAAACACCAAAACACAGAAGUUUUAAAAAGUGUAAAAAAAAAAAAAAAAGGGAAGGAAACGAUCCAAAGAUGUACUGAGACAACGCAAGUGGAGAAAAUGCUUCUGGAGGAUGGCAGCAGCAUUCCCAUCCCACUUCACACCCCCUCCUGCUCACCAGUCUGAGGUGGAGAGCCGUGGACAGGGAACGGACAGUUUUUCCUUACCUCCAAGGAACACAUGGCUUUCAGGACCGUGUGGGUGUGACUCCAGGCAGGGAAGGGGAACGGGCACUGCUCCUCCCCAUGGUACUCGGCACCCCUGAGCAAAAAAACCAAACCAAACCCUUCAAAAAUGAAACCAACGACCUUCCCAGCUAUCUCCUCCUCCCUGGAAACUGUACUCAGUUCCUCAUUCAGGUGUCUAUGCAUCUCUAGCAACUUUUAAAACAAUACCAAAGACAGACAAAGAGAAGAAAAAGAAAAAAAAAAAAAAGGCAAGUUCCGGUCCAUGUUUACUUCAGAGUGGAUGGUACGGCACAGGCGGCUCAGUGCUGUCCCCUUGUUCCUUUCAGCACAAACAGAAUGGACUCUGCUGGGACCCCAGCCCUGUGGAGGUGUUUGGGUUUGUGGUUUUAUUUUUAUUUUUUUCAUUACCUUUUGUUUUAAAGAGAAGGAAAGCAUGUGUGGCACUGGGGGGAUGCAGGGUCACUCCAGCAUGGCUCCCUCCCUCCUUCAUGGCUCCAACAGACUCAUUUAUACAUUUGGGGUGGGGUUUUGGUUUUUUUUUUGUUCAUAGGGUUGUUUUUAUUCUUUUUAAAGCCUUGUUACAGAGGUGGAUGUAGUUGCACAUUCUGGCCUGCUGUGGACCAUGAAACAGAUACCUGUGCGUUCCCAGAGGAGGGGGAGGGAUGCUGGGGGAUUCAGGCUGAAAAACAAUGGGUAGAAUUUUUUUACUACUGUGAAUGAGAUGGUAACUCCUGGGGGUGACCUCCUGUGACUUGUACAGUUGUGAGCAACAAUCACAUGUGGUACUUUUCUCUCUCUCUCUCUCUCUCCUCCCCCCCUCCCCCCUUUUUUUUGUUGAAACAUUGCACGUGCUACCGUUUUUCUUACAAACUAGCUUGGUGGUACAUUAGCUUCUUUAUAUUGUAAAAUAAAAUUUAAAAAAAGUCAUUAUCCAUCACAUCACAAUAAAAAAAAAAUGCUUUCCAGCAAUCAAUUUAAAUAAAAAACACUUAAUUUACAAAUGGUACCUACAUCUUCCUGAGCUGGUUGCUUUAUCCACACUCUCCUUUCUUCCCCUUUGCUUGCGCCUGACAGCUGCUGGUGGAACUCUUGGUGUGCUGGAGCUGUUCUGGUUCUGGCCCAGAAGCCAGUUUCAGGAGAGCUUCCCAGCUCCAAGAGGCAGCCAGCAGAAAAACUCCAUUUGGAGGAAAAGGUAAGUUAAACCCUUUUUUCCUAGUUUCUCACCUCUGCAGUCGUGUCCCACUGUGUACCUGGGGGCUUUGCCAGCUGCAAGAUCUGAGUCUGAGCACUCUGAAACUCCUGGUGAAGCACCAGGUGCUUUAAC